AAACAUAAGAGAGCCUGCAGUGACAUCAUGAGAAUAAAAUGCAUGUAUAGGAUUGUAUUAUCAUAACAAUUAAUGAUAACAGCUCUGAUGGGCGAGACUACAGUUUUUAAGCAUAUGCUUUCUCAUAUUACAAGUCACAUGAUAGUAGAGUACAUGUAGAAGAAUAGCUACAAAUUUACAGUCUUUAUACUGAUCAUGGCUUCAUCCAAGGAACCACUAACAAGAGCUGAGAAGAUACCAAGAGGACCUGAUAGCCUGAAAAGAAGCAAAUGUAUAGCAGCUAUUGACUUUGGAACAUCAUCACUAUCAGUAGCAUACACCACCCCAACUGAUGAUCAGAUCAGACUAGUACCACUUCACAAUACUUAUGAAAGAGUUCCUAAUUCUAUAUUGAUUGCAAAGAACCAGGGCAAGGAUGAGGGACAGAAACAGGAUGAUCAGAAUGAGGAACAACAACAAUACACAGUCACUGGGAUUGGAUACAAAGCACAAACAAUGUACAGCAAUGUAGCAAAUAAUGCUGAAAAGUAUAUAUAUUUUGAACGAAUAAAAAAAUUAUUGGGCAGAGAUCAAUCAUUAGAUCGUACUACUGAAGACUCUUCAUUUACUGGAGGGUCUUAUUAUCUUAUUGAAGUUAUAGCUUUUAUACUAACACACCUCAAGAAGAUGCUGCUGACUGAUCAUCUCAAAGGAGACUACAAGUCAAGUGAUUUUGAUUGGGUCAUUACUGUUCCUGCUAUAUGGAAAGCAAGAGCAAGAAGAAUGAUGAGAGAAGCUGCUUAUAUGGCUGGUCUCACUUCUGAUGCUCCUGGUAUAACAAAGUUCACUCCAGUUGGUUCUCCUUUACCACGUCCAGAGGAGGUUAAUCCUGAGAAGCUAUCAUUAGCUCUAGAACCAGAAGUAGCUGCUAUAGCUGCACAACGUUAUUCAGAAGUAUCAGGAACACCUCCACAAAGAUAUAUGGUAGUUGAUAUAGGAGGAGGUACAGUUGAUAUUACUGUACAUGAUAAGAGUAAUGGGGGAAUUAGUGUAGUACUACCAUCAACUGGUAACACCUGGGGAGGAACAACUGUCAAUGAAGCUUUAUCAGAAUUACUACAAAAAGCAGUAGAUGACAAAGGUUUUGAGUCUUUCAUAAAAUCAGAUGCUAGUAAUAAAGCUGAAAUAAAUAAGCUGGUCUUUGAAGACUUUGAGGAACAGAAAAAAAUAUUCGGAGAUGUAACACCAGACAUUGAUAAUAUGGUACUAGAAUUACCAAGACCAUUCAUAAGAAAUUAUGGAGGCAAUGUAAUUGGUGAUGGAAUGAAGCAGGAGAAGGUACACUAUGAUCAUGGAGAAGGUGCAUUAGAAAUGAAAUAUGACCAAUUAGAAAAGAAGGUAUUCAAACCUACAAUAGAUAAGAUCAUAGAGUGUGUGAGAGCAGCAUUUGAUGAGCUUAAGCAUGAUAGAAUCGAUACAGUUUAUCUAGUAGGAGGGUUUGGAGGGUGUAAGUUUGUUAGCCAAAAGAUACAAGAAGCUAUUGCUCAGCAUCGUGGCAAGCUUUAUGAUAAUAUAGUGUGUCCUGUAGAACCAGAUCUUGCUGUUGUAAGAGGAGCAGUAAUGUGGAGGAAAGAUCCUAGCAUAAUCCAAUCACGUGUUGCUGAUGCUACCUAUGGGACAGCUAUUAGUGAUGUAUUUAACCCAUCCAUUCACGAUGAACAUUACAAGUUCCUGAAAAAAAAUGGUGUGGAAUAUUGUAGAGAUGUUCUUAAGGUAUUUGUACUCAAAGGAGAAGUAGUAAAGGAUGAAGUAUAUAAAGCUGGACUUAUACUGGGUUUCAGUCAAAAAAUAACGCAACAAUGUAUUACUAUUUAUUGUACAGCAGCUGAUGGUGUUCAGUAUACAAAAAAUAAAAAAGGUAAAUUAAUGGUACGUAAGAUUGGUGAACUGGUACUAGAUAUUCCUAAUCCUGAUAAUCUACCAAGAAACAAGAGAGGAUUUGACGUAUUUAUGGAUUUUAGUGGCACAGAGAUACAAGCAAGAGCUCGGUAUCGUAUCACUGGAAAAGAAGUGAAAACAGUUUGUGACUUUCUAACAAAACAAGACUAAUAAUAAAUAAAGUUUUAAUAGUUAUAUUAUGUUGAGUACUUUAAACUUUUAUUAAGAAUUUGUAGAUCUUGAUCUAGCUAGUCA